GCUGAGUGGGAGGAGGAAGGUCAAUUUUCUUAUACAGGUACGGACAAGAAGCCGCACGGCUUUCCUCUCUCGAUUUCUGGCGAUUUCUCACGACUUGAAGCCGUGAGAUACCCGAGUGAGAUACCAUGAACUAGGUGACCGGGUAACGAUCUCGGAAGACGUAAAGUUUUUGGGAGAAAAAAAGGCGGCAAACCCAAUCCAAGCUGCCCGACAUCCACCACCAGCUCAACCCCACAACCUCCUCGGCCACCCACGACCCUUCGUUUUUUCCUUUAGUCAACGCACCUCGCACCAAACACCCUUCAAGAUGUCUUCCUUCUGGGAUGCCUUGACCGGCCGGAAAUCCACCACCUCUUCGUCCUCGAUCUCCGCCCCUACCGCCCGCCCUUCUACAUCCGCCGAUCCGGCGCCGCCUCCAGACGCCGGCGACACUGCACCCACAUCAUCCUUCACCUCACACGCCCACCAACCCACCUUCGACUACGCCGCUGCCGGCGAUGUAUCCUCCUUCCUCAAGCCUGCAACCAACGACCCCUCGACGCUACACCCGCUCGCCGGUCUCGGCGGCGACCUGACGUACCUCGACCUCGACGACGCGGCGCUCUCGUCGCUGCCGGGAGCCCGCACCGCGCUACCAUCACGAGGCUGGUCCGACGACCUCUGCUACGGCACGGGCGCCACAUAUCUCAUCGCGCUAUCACUAGGUGGCGCCUGGGGCCUGGUCGAGGGGCUGAACAAGACUCCGGCCAACUCCCCGCCACGCCUAAAGCUCAACGGCGUGCUCAAUGCCAUUACGCGGAGAGGCCCGUUCAUGGGCAACAGCGCGGGUGUCCUCGCCAUGGUCUACAAUGGCAUCAACAGCACCGUCGGAUACUACCGUGGGAAACAUGAUACCGCGAACUCUGUCAUCAGCGGGUUGAUCGCCGGCGCGAUCUUUAAGAGUACUAGGGGCGUCAGGCCCAUGGCUGUGUCGGCGGGUAUCGUGAGUGCGGCGGCGGCAACGUGGAGCGUCGGUUCGAAGGCGCUGCUGUAAUGGUGCGGAGCGGCGGUGUUUUUUUUCUCUUUCUCUCUCUCGACUCUAUGAGUUUGUUGGUACAAAAAAGGUGUUUCGUUCGUUCGUUCGUUCGUUUGGGGGUGGGACAAUCAAUGUACAAGACGAGAAAUGUGAGAUGAUUCUGGAUGGGCCGGCCGGCCGGUGGGUGGGCGUACGAUGGGAUUGGAUUGGAUUUAGACGGCGAGUGGGGGAGUGGGGGUUUGCAUUUUUCACUCAAUCUUUGUACAUUACAUUACUUGCUACUUUGGGGGCGGGGGGCUUUUCGUUGCCACACUUGCUCACUUUCGCAUCAGAACUGAAGGGUUCCUGUUUUCUGUAUUAUUAUGGUGCCGUAACGGUACAGUUCCGACUACA